AAAUAAAAUAAAAUAAAUUGAAAGAGAUCGAGAAACGGCCGAGAUGGUUGGACCAAUAAUGAGACCUCAGUUUGUGCUGUUCGGUUCGUCCAUAGUUGAGUUCAGCUACGGUGACCAUGGAUGGGGUGCUAUUCUUGCCGACAUAUAUGCUCGAAAGGCAGACAUAUUGUUGCGAGGAUACGCUGGUUGGACUUCGAGGCAAGCUUUGCAGGUUUUGGAUCAAGUUUUUCCAAAGGAUGCCGCUCAACAACCUUCCUUGGUGAUAGUCUACUUUGGUGGUAAUGAUUCAAUGCGUCCUCACCCAUCUGGCUUGGGCCUUCAUAGUGCUCAUGUACCACUUGUUGAGUAUGUUGAAAAUAUGAGGAAGAUAGCAAUCCAUCUUAAGAACCUUUCACAGAAGACUCGCAUUAUCUUUCUUACUGCUCCUCCUACUAAUGCGGCAAAAAUUUGCGAAACAUAUGGUGAUCAACUAGCAGAGCUGCGUACAAACGAGUUGUGCGGAAUAUAUUCAGAAGCAUGUUUAAAGCUGUGUCAAGAGAUGGAUGUGAAGGCUGUUGAUCUUUGGACUGCACUUCAGAAAAAGGAUGGUUGGGCAAAUGCUUACUUUACGGAUGGAAUCCAUUUAUCAGCUGAGGGGAGCAAGGUAGUGGUGAAGGAGAUAAUGAAGGUUCUUAGGGAGGCAGAAUGGGAACCAAGUCUACACUGGAAGUCAUUGCCAGCUGAAUUUGAACAGCUUUUACCCAAUUAUCCAGUGAGUUCUGAUGUGAAGACCAUGUUAAGUGAGGCCAGCUUUCUGAGAUACAUGCAAUGGGAAUAGCUCCUAAUAUCAAUGAAAUAUUGUAGAAAAUACCAAAUGUUUGACAGCAGCUUCAAAUUUUAAGGUUGAUUUUAUGAAAUUGAUAGACAUUAUACACUUCCGAGACAA